UUUCUCUUUUUUUUUUAUUUUUCCUUUUUUCUUCUUCUUUCUUUAUAUAUUCUCCUACUAAGGAAACAUGAUGGAAGAUAUGACUAGUUCUCUUCCUCCACAACCUCCAUCAAAACAUGAUAAACCACCUCCUUUACCAAAACAUCAACAAUUACCACCAACAACACCUGUACCUGGUAAACAACCUAUAAAAAGCGAUAUAUAUAAUAAUAAUCAAAGUGAUACGUCAUUACCACAACAAAAUAAUACACCAUCGUCUUCUUCACAGUCUCCUCCAAAUACACGAGCAAGUUCUAUCAAUCUAUCCUAUACUGGUGGAGAUCAAUUACUUGACCAUUCUCAUCUUAAACCAGGCAAUAAGGCAUCAUUAUUAUCAUAUACUCAAUCUAUCAAUAUGUAUCGUGAAAAUGCAAAGAAAACCAAGAGUCCGGAUAUUCAAUGUGAUUUUGCUAUCUUUAUGGUGGAAGCUGCUAAACCGGUGGUGGAUGAUGAAGUCACUCGUUGGGAAUACCUAGCCGAAGCUGAAAAGUUAUUGAAGCAAUUGGCUGCACGUGGACAUGCUGAAUCUCAGUAUUAUUUGGGCAAUCUGUAUGCAUCUGGUCUUUUGAGCAAAAAGAAUAAAAAUGAAUUUGAUAAGGCAUUUCCUUUAUUUGUUCAAGCUUCUAAACAUCAUCAUCCUGAUGCUGCUUAUAGAACUGCUAAAUGUUAUGAAGAUGGAUUAGGAUCUCGUAAAGAUAGUUCUAAAGCUAUUCAAUUUUAUAGAAAAGCAGCAACACUUAAUCAUCCAGGUGCGAUGUAUCGAAUGGGAGUAGCGGAAGUCAAUGGUGAAUUAGGUAUCUCGAAAAAUGCACGGGACGGGGUCAAGUGGCUGAAACGAGCAGCCGAAGCAGCAACGGUGGAAUAUCCUCAAGCGAUCCAUGAAUUAGCCUUGUUACAUGAACGUGGGAUCGACAAUGUGGUAUUUGUGGAUUUACAAUAUGCAGUAACUUUGUAUGGUCAAGCGGCGGACUUGGGUUAUGCACCUUCUGCCUUCAAACUCGGCGAAUGUUACGAAUACGGUAAAUUGGAAUGUCAGCAAGAUCCCGCGUUAUCCAUUCAUUAUUAUACCAUCGCCGCUCAACAAGGUCAUCGGGAAGCUUGUUUUGCCUUGACGGCUUGGUAUUUGGUCGGCUCUCCUCAGGUUUUACCUCAGUCCGAUGCUGAUGCUUAUCUAUGGGCCAAACGUGCUGCUGAAAAGGAAUUACCAAAAGCUGAAUACGCCGUGGGUUAUUUUACUGAGGUUGGGAUUGGUAUCACCAAGAAUUUGGAAGAUGCCAUGGUAUGGUACAAAAAGGCUGCUCAACAUGGUGAUAAACGCGCUAUUCAACGACUUCAAGGCAAACCAUCCGAAAAAUCAAACAAGAAGAAAGGUCAAGACGAUUGCACCAUCAUGUAGAUAGAUUUCCCACACACACACACAUAUCUUUUUUUUUGGUUUCUAUAUAUAUAUAUUUAUCUCAUUUAUUCUCACAUAGCAUAAUAUAAUAAAACAAUUUAUUUAUCAUACCAUAAAUAAAA